AUGUCUCCACUCUCUCUCUCUCUCUCUCUCUCUCUCUCUCUCUCUCUCUCUCUCUAUCUAUCUAUCUAUCUAUCUAUCGCUAUCUUUAUCUCCCAUUUUAUUCGCUGCAACAAUCUAAACAGUUUCUUCACGACUCGAUUUUCAUCCUUCCAAUAUUUUAAAUCAUUUUCUAACUUUUUUUUCCAUACAAAUUCUCCGGUUUUUCUUUCUUGUUCUACGUGUUUUUCCUCUUUAUUCAUCCGUUUCCUUUCUAAAUAUUUUUCGAUUUUUUCUUCUUUCCGUCUCUUUCUAAUUUAUCCAUUUAUUACGGAUUCUUCUUUCUCGUCUUUUUGCUCCUAUCGCCGAUUCUUCUUUCCCGCUCUUUUGCAUCCAUCGCCGAUUCUUUUUUCCCGCUUUUUUUUUCUUUCUGUCACUUCUGGCUCUCUACCUAUAUGUGUCCUGUUCCAUCUUUAUUUCUUUACUUUAAUAUAUUUCCUGUAUUUUUGUUUCUCUUCACAAAUAUUUUUUGUUGCGUGUGAUUAUUUGUUAUCUUUCAUUACGUUUCUUUUCUCUCGCUUUAUUUCCUUUUUCUUCUCUUUCUCUCUCUCUCUCUCUCUCUCUCUAUUUCCUUUUUGCUUCUCUCUCUCCCUCUCGCUCUAUGGGGAACGUAUUUCUGUCUGUCUCCUUUAA